UGCUGUGUUGCUAGCCUAGCUAGCUAAGGUAGUUAUAGAGAUGCUGCUGUCAACAGUACUAGUGUUGCUGUGUGAGGCAGCGAGUGCUGAGAGGCUCUGCAGAAAUGAAGGUCCUUGGAAAACUGCUCAGAGAUGUGUUGUACAGUCGUACAAAGUUGUCUCUCCUCGGUAUCACCAUGGCAAUGCUGCUAUUGUAUACCUUCUCUUGUGAGCUGAAUAUCUCCGCUAACUGUCAGUCAGUAGUAAUGGACAACCAUUUUUUACCGAAAAAAUCAGUCGUAUUCCUCCGAGAAGGACUGAAAUUAAACGACUCACCCCCCACCCAUAGUGAUAUUAUACCACCAGGGGGCACCUACUAUCGCAACACGCCAAUCAACAGAACAGAAGUUGAACAAUACGUGAGUGGGCUCGUGCAAGAUAUUCAAGUUAAGAAUACAAUUGAACAAAAGGAAAAAAGAAGAUUAGUGGAAGAGAAUCGCCUGAGAUUAGAGAGACAAAUGGACGCUAAUUUAGAGGAGAUUGAAUUGGAAAAUUGGAAUCUAGACAACUACUAUCACAUGCCUCGUACACCGAAAAUUUCAAUUCCAAAACCGAUAUUAGAACAACGACCUCAAAAUGUACGAACUACGUCGACUUUGAGGGUUCCCGGGUUUGUACAAAAACUGACUAAGAUAGUACCACCAGAGAAGAUAGUAUACAAGCAACCACAGCCGAUGGGAGAUAUGCCGAUGGUUAAUAAGGAGCUGGAGAACUCGUAUGAUGAGUUACUGGGCAUGGAAUCAUUGGAAGCUACCGGACCUGACAGUUCUGAUGAUGGAGUGGAAUCGAAACAUGAAUUGGAAAUAAAAGAACCCGUUUUGAAGCAACAAGUCGAUCCAAAACCAAAGAGAAAGGUGUUGGUGAAUGUUGAUGGGAGUUUGAGUGAGAUUAUGAGGGAAGAGAAUCCGUUGGUUGAGAAGGCAAAGAAAAAGAAGAAGUCUAUAAAAGCAAAGAAGAAGAAGAAGAAACAAAAGAAAUCAAUUCUGAAUUUACCGAACAGUUUCCCUUAUUUUGAUAAUGGUUAUCCCCCGCCCAAAAUUGGUACCUAUACCUGCAGCAACAGUCUCUGCUCAGAGUUUCUCACAAAAAAAGAUAUGGCAUUCUACAAGUUCAGUGUCAGCAGGUUCAAAAUGUCUGACAACUUCAAAGAGAAAGAUCACGCUUCUGGAGAGUGUCACUUCAUGAAUGGUAGCAGUCGCUCGGCAGUGGCUCUGGCUAGUUUCCCUGGGUCUGGUAACACCUGGGCUAGAGGACUACUGGAGAAGGCUACUGGAGUGUGUACAGGUUCUAUCUACUCAGACAAUGCGCUGCGUGCUGGUGGUAUGAACGGAGAGUGUGUGAGAAGUGGAGCUGUGAUUGCUGUGAAGACACACAAGUCCAUUCCUGUCUCAUGGACAGCUGAGGAUAAACCCAGUAUGGCCGCUAACAAUACAGACUCGAAGAAACCUGCAUACGGUUCAGCCAUUCUGGUAGUGCGUAACCCAUUCCACGCUCUAGUGGCCGAGUGGAGCCGACUUGCCGGGAACUCUCACGAUCACACUAGCCAGGUGUCCAGAGACUCUUUCGGAGGAAACACAAAGUGGAACUGGUUUAUUAAGAGCAAGCUAUCCGUGUGGCAGGCGUACUUCAAAUACUGGGUAGUGGGUGCGGCCAAUCAUCGUGUCCUGGUCGUUCGAUUCGAAGAUCUGAAGACAGAUGUUGUGGCUACGGUUACAAAGAUGCUUGAUUUCCUCAAGUUCUCGUACAACGAUAAAGAGUUGGCAAGGAAGCUAAGCGAGGACUUUGGAACAUUCAAAAGGAAACACAAAGAUGAUCAGUUUGACCACUUCACAGAGGAUCAGAAAUCUCUCGUCAGGAACGCUAUAAGCAAGUCUAUUGACUACCUCCGGGAAAAUAACCAUGGAAACACUUUAGGUAUUGAAGACUAUCUGAACUAACCGAAUCACAAUUUCAAAAUCAAUUAAUCAUCUGUACUUUGAUACCUGUCUAUAAUAGCUAAUAAUUAUUGUUUCCCGGGC